GUAAUUUUGAAGUUUAAAGGCCAUCAGUAUUUGACAAAACUGAAUUUAUCACUGUAAUGACCUGAUUUGUGUCCUACUGACAAUACAGUUCGUUUUGGUUUUUGAAUUAUGACAUAUUGACACCAGAAUUUGGUGUUCUGACCAGCACGUGAUUCUUCGGUUAAUUUAUUGUAUCUUAUUUGUUUUUUACGAAUCUUUUGAAAGUAGUCUACAUUGAUUAUUACCGAAAAUGAGUACGACAGAUUCGUUGGACGACGAUCAACUGGAGGCUCUUUAUAGCUGGAUCGAUAAAAUACCUUUAUCAAAACCAAAGAGGAACAUCUCUCGAGAUUUUUCUGAUGGUGUUUUGGUUGCAGAAAUGAUAAAAUACUUCUUUCCAAAAUUUGUGGAACUACAUAAUUAUAACGACGCAAAUUCUUCAAUGAACAAAAAAGCAAACUGGUCAUUACUCAAUAAUAAAGUUCUAGUCAAACGGUUUCAUUUUGAGUUGGCUGAUGAGGUGGUAAGUGACUUAAUUCAGGCAAAACCAUUCACCAUUGAGAAAGUGCUGAUUGAACUGAAAUCAAGGAUUGAUAAUAAGUUAAAAGAGGAGCGUAUGGAGCCCCCACCCCCACUCUCCUUAUUAAGGGCCAAGGAGAGUGACCAGCCCGAGGCUGACCAGUAUACAGGAAGGAAAGGCACCAAAGGAAAGAACCUACCACUUAAAGCACCACAGGAAUUGCCUCCACCACCAUUUGAACGAAUUACUCACAAGAAUCUUGGAAGUAAAGAUCCCAUCAUGACAGAAACAGCACCACGACGUCAACAAGGUAGAUCGAAAAAAGACAAUGAGUUGUCUUAUAUGUACGAGAUGAAAGAACAGGAAUGCCUUGCCAAGGAGGAGAGAAUUGCGAAUCUUCAGACCAAAGUGCGACAUCUAGAAAACUUGGCCUACCUAAAAGAUGAGCGGAUAAAAGAAAUGAAGAAGGGAAUUGAAAAUUUGCAGUGUGGCCGGAGCGAUUUCAAACGAUGAGAUGUUUUGCCAUUCGUUUUAUUGGUAUCGUGUCACCUGAUAGGGGAUUUCAACGCAUUAUAACAAUAAACUUCACAGAAAGACUACGUAUCUGUAAACACAUGGCUUAGCUUUACCAAGGACUUGAUGACUGUUACAGACUUUACUCUCAAGUCUUCAGCAGUGAUAGUAAGCGAUGAGUUUAACAAUGAAUAAAACAAGUAGAUACGCAUGAGUUAUGCAUUUAAUCGGACAUGUGUAAUAGUUUGAAAUAUGAAAUCAUAACACAUAUUUAAGGUCAUUGGUUAAGUUUUUUUUACCAUUAGUGACAAAAAUUGUUCAUUUUGAUUUUUGUGUACCCAAGUCCCUUAAAUUUGCUGACACAGAAUAGUGAUAGACUGCUGUACAGAUGGCAGUUUAAAAUGUCCCUGAUUAGGAAUCUAUAUACAGUUGUAUUAUUAUUUAAUCAGGAUACUAGCUAGGUACUUCAAACUUUGUUUGUUUCCCGUCCCUACAACAGAAGUCGUCCCGUAGGUUUAGCUGACCUACCUAUGAAUGUUUGACAUUUUAUGGCUUACACUUGUUUCACUACCUUGUCGAGAUUGAAUUGGUUUUCAUGUAAAUUGGGUGACAUGUACAUCUUAAUUAAUUUUAAUUAAUUUGACAUUCCAAAUUUUGUUUUAAAGAUUAUUGAAUGUAUACAUGUCCAUGUGCUCAUGUACACGAGUCCCCAGAUGUUAAGUCAUGUAAAAGACAAUUUAAUGUUUAUGUUACAAAUAUGGAUUGAUAUUUGUUUAUAUACAGAAAUGCCAAAGCAGGAAAUAAUUUUUUUUUAGAAAUCUUGGAAUUACCCCGUAUUUUGUAGUUUUCAUCAGCUGAUUUUCAGUUUUCGAAAUAUGGUUUGAAAUCAUUGUUUGAUCGUUGUUUAGAUUUAAAGCAAAUUUUUUAUAUUGACUUUCAAAGGAUGAAAAGGAAUUGUUUUCUACCUGAUUAACCAAGGCUGAUUCUAGCAAGUCUAAAUUCCCAAAAAAUGUCACCAAUUGAUCCUUAAAAGAAAUUGUUUUUUGAAACUACGCAUAAAACAAUGCAAACAUGGGGUUAUUGGAAAAAGAAAACUAUAAGAAAAAGAUCAGCUCACUUAACUGAUUUCAUUUUCAAGUGGAGUGUCUGUAGACGGAUUCUCUAGUCACAGACCCUGUUCAGUUACUUAUGUAGGAAAAUUUCACCAUAUGCUGUAUAAAUGUUUGUACACCAUAUUUGUGUUAAUUAUUGCCAGGAUUUUACCAUUAAUAAAUUGUAUACAAAUAACUGUUUCCAACCCAUAAUUUCAGUAAGAUAUGAAAUAUAUGAUACAAUAUCACUUUUUUGUUAAUUUAUCCAAGGAUUUCUGUAAACGUUAUGGUCAUCAGAUUCAUCACAGUCAAAUCUUAAGAAAUACAUUACAUACUGGUAGUUUGCAUACACUUGAAAAUUCAUUAUUCGAAAUGAUUUUGAAUUAAACAUGUAGAGCUUUUUAUCAAAAGAUCAGGAUGUAUUUCAACUGUGUUAUGUAGUGUAUAGGUGCACUCCCGCAACAUGUUAUUGUGAUUUAAUUAUGAGUGGAUGGUUUCGAUAUGUUGUAUACAGAUGUUUGUAAAGUUUAUUUUGAUGUCAACAAUAAAACAUUAUUUAUG